CAUACAAUGGGCGUCGGUUCUUAUAGUUUUUGUCUCUCUCAGGAGCUCAGUCCAUCGCAUCCUCAUCAUCCCUUUCCUGUUGAUCGAUCCUACAUUUGCACAUACAAGAAAAGAAACGUGUUCUUUCUUCUAAGCAAAGCAUUAGAAGAGACCGACUGAAGUGGCAGUGGGAAGCGAGGGCUUCGAUUUGUACGAUUCCAUCCUUUCUCUCUUUCCUCUCCAUGCUUCCCAGCUAAGAGAUCUCUCUUUCGGCUGCUUGCUUGCUUCUUCCUUUACCGCGUCCCUUGAUUCCUGGUCUCAGUUGGUGAGUGAGAUCUUGUGAUGUGUUGACCGAGCUGGAACGAGUAUAUAUGGUUGGGAGAACCAGGAAGCGCCUCCUCUCCAAUCACCUUCUCCUUCCACCAGCCAUGAGGGACUUCGCCUCAUGUUUCAGCGAGAAUGCUGUGAAGAUCUCCGACGCCUCUUGCUCCGGCAGCAGCAGCAGCGGCGGCUUAGCGCUCGAUGGCACCUCGGUUGUCAGUGCAGUUACCUGUGUCUACGGUGUGCGACUCUCCACCCUGAAGGAACUCCUCAUCAGGGUCGCCUGGUCCAAGAGCCACGUCGGCCCUGCGCUGUCCAUCGGCAUCGACGACAGUCCCUCGCUUCAUUGCUGGAAGCCCGACGCCAUGAGCUGCCAGCUACUGAGGAAGAAGAAGGGGGCUCGGUCCUACGUUUCCGGGAAGUCCGCCGUCGUCGUCCACUGGGACUUGUCCUCUGCAAGAUACGGGUCAGGCCCCGAACCCAUCGACAACUUCUACGUUGUAGUCAUGGUCAACGCAGAGUUCGGGCUCUUGCUCGGAGACAUGAGCAAGGAGCACAUCAGGAGGUUCGGGGGCACGAUCCCGACAGCAGAGUUCUCCAUGAUCAGCAGAAAAGAACAAGUGCUCGGCCACAGCCGUCACUCGACGACCUCACGGUUCCGCGACGCGGGGAGAGACCACGAGAUCACCGUCAGGUGCAAGGGAGACGGCUGCGACGCCAAGGACUCGGAGCUGUCGGUGUGCAUCGACAGGAAGAGGGUGGUGCAAGUGAGGAAGCUCAGGUGGAACUUUAGGGGGAAUCAGACGGUGUUCGUGGAGGGAUCGCCGGUGGACGUGAUGUGGGACGUGCAUGACUGGUGGUUCGGGAAUCCUUCGGGGUGUGCCACGUUCAUGUUCCGGACGAGGAGCUCGCCGGAGAGCAGGCUGUGGUCGUCGUCGUCGGAGAUGUCUGGUUUCUCACUUGUGAUCCAAGCCUUCAGGAGCCCAUGAAGGUUUGCUGACGCCACUGGAUUUCUUCUUCUUCUUCUUUCUUGUUGCCAAUGGAUUCUUGGAAUGGAAUUGGAGAGGAGAUGUUGUUGAUCUCAGUUUGACAAAGCUCAAAUUGUGUGUGUGUGUGUGUAAAAGAUGGUACGCAAAAGAUUGUAUGAGGAAGGAUAAA